CUUUGGUGGGGUUCACUGUGUAAGGAGUUGAUUUGGGGGCAGCUUGGAGGGAGUUCUUGGUCAAGUUUUGUGGAAAAAUCAAGCUCAAAUAUGAGCACCAAGAAGGAAAAAGGCCGUGGCGAAAGCUACCGUGUUGCUGUUCAGACGGAGGUCCCUGACGAUGGCCGCAAUGCAUCUGGCCACCCCAAGAAGGGGAAGAAACAAAAGAAGAAGGAUUUGGAGGAGCUCAAGAAGGAAAUGGAAUUUGAUCCAAGAAAAAAGAACAGGCGUGAUUUGGAAGACUUGAAACAAGAAGUUGAGAUGGAUGAUCACAAGAUCCCCAUGGAUGACCUGAUUGCACGUUUGAAAUCCAACAUCAACCGAGGUUUGACUCAAGAUCAGGCUGCAGCUGUCCUUGCUCGCGAUGGACCCAAUGCUUUGACCCCACCACCUAAGACCCCUGAAUGGGUGAAGUUCUGCCAGCAGUUGUUUGGUGGUUUCGCUACUCUGUUGUGGAUUGGAUCUAUCCUCUGUUUCUUGGCCUAUGGUAUCGAGGCCGGCACAAAGGAUGAACCGAGCAGUGACAAUUUGUACCUGGGUAUUGUGCUUGCUAGUGUGGUUAUCAUCACCGGAUGUUUCUCCUACUAUCAAGAAGCUAAGAGUUCUAAGAUCAUGGAAUCCUUCAAGAACAUGGUUCCACAGGAAGCCCUUGUGUUGCGUGGUGGCGAAUGGCACUCUAUCAAUGCUAUUCACGUCGUUCGUGGUGACAUCGUCGAAGUGAAGGGCGGAGACAGGAUCCCAGCCGACAUCAGAGUCAUUGAAUCCAAGUCAUUCAAGGUUGACAACUCCUCCCUAACUGGAGAAUCUGAGCCCCAAUCUCGCAGCCCUGACUUCACAAGUGACAACCCUCUGGAAACCAGGAACAUUGCUUUCUUCUCCACCAAUGCCGUCGAAGGUACUGCUCGUGGUGUUGUCAUCAGCACCGGUGAUAACACUGUCAUGGGUCGCAUUGCUAACCUUGCCUCUGGAUUGGACGUCGGUGAGACACCCAUCGCCAAGGAGAUUGAGCAUUUCAUCCACAUCAUCACCGCCGUUGCCGUCUUCUUGGGCGUGUCUUUCUUCAUCCUCUCAUUCCCUCUUGGUUACAAUUGGCUUGAAGCUUGCGUGUUCCUCAUCGGUAUCAUCGUAGCUAACGUACCCGAGGGUCUCUUGGCUACCGUCACUGUGUGUCUGACUUUGACUGCCAAGCGUAUGGCCAGCAAGAACUGCCUUGUGAAGAAUCUGGAGGCUGUAGAAACCCUUGGUAGUACCUCAACCAUCUGCUCAGAUAAGACUGGUACCCUGACACAGAACAGGAUGACCGUUGCCCACAUGUGGUUUGACAACACCAUUGUAGAGGCCGACACCACGGAAGACCAAAGUGGUGGUCAAUUCGACAAGUCAUCACCGACCUGGAUGGCCCUUGCUCGCAUCGCUUGUCUCUGUAACCGAUCCGAGUUCAAGGCUGGACAAGAAAAUGUACCCAUUCUGAAGCGAGAUACAACUGGAGACGCCUCUGAAUCUGCCCUGGUAAAGUGCGUUGAACUUUGUAUGUUCAAUGUGACAGAAUACCGUAAGAAGAACAAGAAAGUCUGCGAGAUUCCUUUCAACUCCACCAACAAAUACCAGGUGUCCAUCCAUGAGGCUGAUGGUGAUGACCGUAACCUCCUGGUCAUGAAGGGUGCCCCCGAACGUAUCUUGGACCGUUGUACAACAAUCCUCAUCAAUGGCAAAGAAGAGCCGAUGUCAGAAGAAAUGCAGACUGCUUUCAACAAUGCCUAUCUUGAACUGGGAGGUCUCGGAGAACGUGUUCUCGGUUUCUGUCACCUCUACCUGCCUGCUGACCAGUUCCCUCGUGGCUUUGCCUUCGAUGCCGAUGAAGUCAACUUCCCGUUGGAGAAACUCUGCUUCGUUGGUCUCAUGUCUAUGAUUGAUCCUCCACGUGCUGCUGUACCCGAUGCCGUAGGAAAGUGCCGAUCUGCAGGAAUCAAGGUUAUCAUGGUUACUGGUGACCAUCCCAUCACAGCUAAGGCUAUUGCCAAGGGUGUCGGAAUCAUCUCCGAAGGUAAUGAGACUCGUGAUGACAUCGCUCAACGUCUUGGAAUCCCCAUCGAUGAGGUCAACCCCAAGGAUGCUAAAGCCAUUGUUGUCCACGGCUCUGAACUCAAAGACCUCGCUCGUGACGACCUUGAUGCUAUCCUGAGGGAUCACCCCGAGAUUGUCUUCGCCCGUACCUCGCCCCAGCAGAAACUGAUCAUCGUUGAAGGUUGCCAGCGUGCUGGUGCUAUCGUAGCUGUGACCGGUGAUGGUGUCAACGACUCACCUGCCCUGAAGAAGGCCGACAUUGGUGUUGCUAUGGGUAUCGCUGGCAGUGACGUCAGCAAACAGGCUGCCGAUAUGAUCUUGCUCGAUGACAACUUUGCUUCUAUCGUCACCGGUGUUGAAGAAGGUCGUCUGAUCUUCGACAACUUGAAGAAGUCAAUUGCCUACACUCUGACCAGUAACAUCCCUGAAAUCAGUCCCUUCCUCAUCUUCAUCUUGGCUUCUAUCCCUCUACCAUUGGGUGUCGUCACUAUCCUCUGUAUCGAUCUUGGUACCGAUCUGGUCCCUGCCAUCUCUCUUGCCUAUGAAGAGGCCGAGUCUGACAUCAUGAAGCGUCGUCCCCGUGAUCCUCAGAACGACAAACUGGUUAACGAGCGUCUCAUCAGUGUAUCUUACGGACAGAUUGGUAUGAUCCAAGCUUCUGCCGGUUUCUUUGCCUACUUCGUCAUCAUGGGUGAGAAUGGAUUCCUUCCCAAUGAUCUGGUCAUGUUGCGUAGCAGGUGGGACGACAAGGCUGUACUCAACGUAGAGGACUCCUACGGUCAACAAUGGGGUUUCAACCAGCGUAAGCAACUGGAGUACACCUGCCACACUGCUUUCUUUGUAUCCAUUGUGGUUGUACAAUGGGCUGAUGUCAUCAUCUGUAAGACUCGCCGCAACUCCCUCAUCCACCAGGGAAUGAACAACUGGGUCUUGAACUUUGGUCUGUUCUUCGAGACUGCUUUGGCCGCAUUCCUCUCAUACUGUCCUGGUCUUGAGAACGGUCUCCGUAUGUACCCACUUAGGAUCGGAUGGUGGUUCGUCGCUAUGCCAUUCUCUCUUCUCAUCUUCGUCUACGACGAGUGUCGUCGGUUCAUCCUUCGUCAUAACCCCGGUGGUUGGGUCGAAAUGGAGACAUACUACUGACUUCUUCAAUCCCAAUGCUCCUACCCCGUAUCUGUAUCCCCCUGUGAUACUGUCACUCCUCCCCUCAAAGCUCCAACUAAGAUCCCCGCCAAGCCGAAGCUAAUCUCCAAGUCCCUCAGCAAGCCCAAUUCUAAUCAGGGCCCAUCAACCGCUGCCCAUUCAACAAACUUCCACCCGUAUACUGCAAGUCAGCGAUCAUACCUCCAUGCACACCGCCCUCUGCAGUCUCCGAUCACUACAGUCCUUCUCCAAUCACUACCCCCUCCUGAACUCCUUGCUCCCAAACCUGAUCUCCCCUCUCACCCCGUCAAGGAAGAUCGACUUGAAAUGUCUGCUGCUCAAUCUCUUAUUCUCAAGUUCUUUGAUAACCUCUGCAGACAAACUCAGCGUUGCCCCGGGAAGACGUUUUCUCGUAUUCUCCACGGCACGCUAAUCUUUUUACGAUACCCAAGCUUCGUGAGGUUAUGAAACGUCAAGCUCAGAGUAUUUUAUUCACAAUACAUUCAAUUUUUUGUUGAUGGUACUAUUUUUUAAAACUUGAAAUUUCUAUUGUAUAUUGAUUCAAAUAACUAAAAAUAUGAAACUUAUUGAAAAGUCGAGUAUUCUAUUUGAAAUCUAUAUUAAUUUAAAAAUAUUGAUCUAUGUAUACUGCAACAUGUAUGCACCAAAUGACAGUUAAAUGUUUGAAAGGUCAUUUGUCUGGUAUGCAUCUGGAAGUGAGAAUGGGAUAUAUUCUAAGGGUUAUCAAUGAGCUUGAGAGAAAGAAGAACUUCUACGAGGUAGUAGCGUUGGGUUCAGUGAUCUUCAUAUCCUCCUAAUUGGUGAAUUAUUCUGUGAAAUUGUGAUUUAGAAGCAUUAACCUAUAAAAUGCAGGCUUAGUUUGCGUUGGUGUUCAUUAAUCAUAUAUUAGUCAGUAUUGACUUUUUAAAGUGAGGUACAAGGUUUCAAAAUCACUUAUCUUUUUGGUUGAAAUGUUUGGAUAUAAGAAAUUGAAUAGUUUAGUAUGUCAGCUGAUGUAUAAUACUGCUGAAUUCAUGUAUGUUUUGAUUCAUUAAAUGUACAGGACAUCUGAGUGGGUUGAUGCGUAGAUCAUCCAAAACUGCAUCCAUGCCAGUUACAAUGAGAACUUUUCAAACUUCAGUUUUGUUCAUGAAAUUUACAUAUUACUGCAUACAUGUCUGCAGUUAACUCAAUGAAAAAUACAUUGUUUCAAAUAAUGGAGUAAUUGCCAUGAAUUUGCUCUUGGUUUCCUGUACUUAAUGAUAUUAAUAUAGACCCUCUGCCAAAAUCAGUGAUUUAAUAUCUCUCCUUUGUGAGUUGGAUAUUACCAUUGGUUCACCUAUGGUGCCAUGAUCCAACUUGGGCAAUAUAUCUCUGCUAGGCUAGUCUAUGUUUAAUAUUUAAUCAUUAUUAUACUUCACUGUUUUUGGUGUAUUAUGCUUUAACUGCCAUAAAAACCUGUACCUCUAGGUCCCCAAGGAAAGAAAAAAGAAGUUUUUAAUGUUUUACUUUUAAGAAUUUAUUUUAAAGCUUGUGAAAAUUGUGAUUGUCAAAUGAAUUUUGAGUGUUUUGGUUGUCCAUGAAUAUUAAAUUGGUUUUUAUCAUUCCCCUGA